CGUAAUAUUUGGAAGUAGUGUACGUUAAUUCGUCUAGAAUGACAAAAUCUAGUGAUAGUAAGUCGGAACCAGUGAAGAUCAACAAAUGGGAUGGUUCAGCUGUGAAAAAUGCCCUGGAUGAUGCAGUAGCUGAGGUCUUAACAAGCAAAUUUUCAUAUAUUGAAAAUUACAAAUUAGUCGAUGGCCGUCUCCUAAUAUGUGGUCUUGCUGUAGCGGUUGCUCUCUUUGCAAUAGUUUGGGAUCUAUAUUUUUAUCCAUUCCCUGAAUCCAAGCCAGUAUUAAUAUUCAGCGUUACCACAUAUUUCUUUUUGAUGGGUGUUCUUACACUGUACACAACCUAUGUCGAAAAAGGAACCUUCAUUGUCUGUGCUCCCAAGAAUCAAGGCAUAAGGUGGGAAGCUGGCUCCAUUCUGAAAAAGUAUGAUGACAUCUACACACUAGUUCUCGCCUGUACAGAUAAGAAAACAGGUUCUGUGAGGGAAGCUUCAUUCAACAAGUCAGUCGCUUGUUUUAUAGAUGAAAAUGGCACGGUUUUGGAUGAUCUCGUCGAAAAUGAAGUUGUUAAAUUGCACAAUGGACUACUAUCGGAAAAAAAGGAUAACUGAUAAUGUGUUCCUCACCAGCUCUGUUCCCAUUUCUCCAAUUUAAUUGUACAUAGUAUUUGAUGUGUUUUUUGGUCCCAUCUGAUUUUUUAUCUCAUUUCCUAUGAUUUUAACUAUUUUUUGUAUUAAGUUGAACACUGUUUAUUUAAGUUUGAUCUUCCAUCUUCCAAGAUGAUUUUAGAUUUUUUUGUUAAAUAAUAAUUUUAUGAGUGUGAUAAAUACAUUUGUACAUUUUAUGCAA